AUGCAACUUGGUGACCUGUGCUACUAUCACGAUUCGCAGAAUCGCCAGCAGCAAUGUUGCAUCUGGAGCGUGCGCCUGGAUGGAAUGUGUCAAAUCGGCAGCAGCCGGUUUGACCGUCCGUCGACGGAGCAUUGGAUCCCAACAUCCCGUCUGGUACGCUUGGAUUCCUCGCCAUUUGGACCGGUGGGAGCAGUCGAACCGCUCACGAAAGCCAAUGUCCGUGCCCACACAGUCGCUUCUGCUGGUGCCCCGACCGUGGUAAGCGCGGCCACGGUCAUCAAUGGUGAUCAACGGAGCAGAAGCCCGAAAAGCCGGGCACCGUUUCGUGAGCGCCGCUGCCGGGUGAAGGUCACUGUCAACGACACGGUCGAAGAGGCGCUCAAGCGCGCCGAAUUUUAUGGCACAGUGAAGAGCCAUUUUCAGGAGGAGGGCUCCCUUUAUGUUCGCUUUCUUCAUACCAAUUCCGCGCAGAAGGCAGUUUCCACAUGGAAGGGGGCCCAAUGGGCCUGA